AUGGAGACAACAGACCCCUUCCUCCAAGUCCAAGCGGACGUCCUCGCAACCCUCCAAACCAGCCGACCACUCUUCUCCUCAUACCUCCGCAUCCGCUCCCUCGCCAAAUCCCCCAACAACCCAGAACUCAACCAAUCCCGCACAGAACUCGAAACAACCCUCACAGAGCUAACCGCCGACCUCGACGACCUGGUCGAAUCCGUCCGCGCAAUCGAACAAGACCCCUACCGCUUCGGCCUCGAACUCGACGAAGUCCAGCGCCGGCGCAAACUAGUCGACGAUGUGGGCGGGGAAAUCGAGCAAAUGCGCACCGAGCUGGCGCAAGCAGUUUCCGUAGCGCCGGUCGCUGAACUGCCUAAUCCGACGGAAUUCGAUGCCGCGCUGGAUGAGGAAGAAGGUGGUGGGCGUGGGGAUGAUUAUUAUGCAUCGCUGGAGCAGCAGAGGCAGACGGAGCUGAUGCAUGAGCAGGAUGAGCAGUUGGAUGGGGUGUUUCGGACGGUGGGGAAUCUGAGACAGCAGGCGAAUGAUAUGGGGCGCGAGUUGGAGGAUCAGGCUAUUAUGAUUGAUGAGGUUGAUACGCUUGCAGAUCGGGUUGGUGGGAAGUUGAGCAAUGGGAUGGCGCGCAUACGGCAUAUCGUGCGCAAGAAUGAAGGUAAGCAGUAUUCUCUAACCCCCGAGGCUGGUUGGUUUAGCAGGGUGUUUGGCGUUGGGCUACAUGGAAUGCAAAUGCGCAGCGUUGUGACAACAAAUGGGAAUCAUGAAAUUCAAGCAAAGCUAACUUUUUCCUUCUCCUCCUUAGAUACAUGGUCAUCCUUUUGCAUUGCGGCGCUGAUAUUCGCCCUCGUGCUAUUAUUAAUUCUCGUUAUCGUCCUGUGA